AUGAGUCCACCUGACACACUUCCUGUUGACGAAUUCACCGCUGGAGCCGUCAACUCCGACUGGACGGCAGCCACUGCCGCCGCUCCACUGGUCAAUAUUUCAACAGCCAGCUCCUCGUCCACGAUCCAACUCGUCAACAUCCGGCAACACGUGCCGCUCACUUUGGAUCUGCAGCACUCGAACUACAUGCAGUGGAGCACCUUCUUCCUCAUCGUCUUCCGCAAGUUUGGCCUCACCAACCACGUUUCCGUCGACUCCAAAGGACACCACGACGUCGAGGAGCGGGUUCAGAUCGACACCACCAUCAUCUCUUGGGUCUACACGACCAUCUCAGCGAAGAUCCUGGACAUCAUCAUCCAGCCAAACGACACAGCUUAUGCCAUUUGGCACAAAGUGGAGGACCUGUUCCAAGACAACGAGAUGACGCGUCACUACAAUAGAAUCAAUCUUCCGUGUCGUCCCAUCAGCACCGAUUAUGAUAGAACCAGGACUGAUGAAGUAUCAGUACCGAUUCAUAACUUUUCACGCUCAAUCAAUGAUCGAGCUGGGUUGAACCGGCACUAA